AUGGCUCAUCGUGGAAAAGGAGCUAAUCAUGUAUGGACUAUCGAAGAAGACGCGAAGCUUGUAGAAUCCAUUGUUGAGUUGAAAAGAAGUGGAAAUUGGGAUGGUGAAAGUGGAAGUGGAUUGAAAAAAGGGUAUCAAAAAGAGCUAGAAAAAAUAUUGCAAGAAAAGUUACCUGGUCACUGUCUUAAAGAAAAACCACAUAUCGAAUCUAGAUGCAAGUUAUUAAAAAAACAAUAUCAUGCUAUAUAUGAUGUGCUUGCUAAUGGAGAAUUAAGUGGAUUUGGUUGGGACGAGGAUAGAAAGUGUGUUACUGCAAGUGCAGACGUGUGGGAUGAUUACUUGAAGAGCCAUCCAGAUUGCACUUUCAUGAGAAACAAGCCUUUUCCUUAUUAUGAUCAACUAGCACUUGUUUGGGGCAAAGAUAGAGCUAAUGGGAUAAAUGCUGAAGCGCCAAUUGAUGUGAUUGAAGACUUAGAGAGAGAUCAAAAUAUGGAUGGAGCAGUUGAAGAAUCUGAUGACGACAGUGUUCGUAUUAUACCACCAAGAACCACAUCUCGAGGUGAAGGAACUUCAAAAAAGUCCGAACGAAAGAGAAGAAGAAGUUCAGAUGGUUUAAUUGUAAGUUUAGAGCGUAUGACGAAUACAUUGACUGCUCAGAUGGAUAAGUCUGAUGAUCAAACAGCCAAGUAUAUGGAAAGUUUUGUUGGAGUUGAACAAGAAAGGAAGGAUAAUCGGCGUAAGCUUAACGGGGAACUACAAAAAAUUGAAGUUUUAACGAAUUCACAGAGACAAAAGGCUGCAAUGAAACUUGUUCGAGAUCCAGAUUUAUUGGAUUACUUUUUCACUCUUGAUGAUGAUUCACAAAAAGAGAUAUUUCUAAUAGAAUUACUUGGAUAGACUAGUUUUAUAUUAUUUGUCACCUAGAAUUCAUUCUUUACUUAAGUCAUUGACUACUUACAUUUUGUUUUAAUCUUUUUUUUUCAUUUUUAAUCAAUUAAAUGCAAUUUAUAGUUUUUUUUAUUCAUAUACAUGU